GUUUUUUCUUUACUUUCUUCUAAGUAUAGACGAUGUCUUGACAUUCUUGCUAUUUCAUUAAAUAUGUUUGCCUGACAAGUAUCAUGUCAAUCUUGUUGUAAAUCACACGAUGAAAUAUUCACUCUUCUGUCAAUCAAAAAAGAAAUCUUGUCAUAAUGAAUAAAUAAAUAUUGACCUGUUGCUAGAAUGGAUUGUGAAAUAAAAUUCUGAAUACAGAUUGUUGCACGUUUAGUUUCAAACUAACGCCUUUCGGCACGUGACCCAAAUAAAGAUGAGAUCCGCGAUCGAGUUUUACAACGUAAGCUUCAAUCGGCUUAAGUUUUCCAGCCGUCUGAUUGGUGCAGGUCUUUUUGAGAAAAAGUACGGAUUUACGUUUGGUAGGAUUGCGAGUCUGACGCAGAUAGUGCUAUUUCUCGCUUUUCACGCCUGGACGGGAUACAUACACCGACAGAAUGCGCUCGAGAUACUGGAGUCCCAGUCGCUCAUUUGUACGGGCAUUGCGCUCAUGAUCAAGUACUUUACGAUGAUACGGAACCGUGAUCCGGUUCGCGAGCUGACCGGCAUUGUGGAAUCUGAGAUGUAUAUGAAGUAUCAGGAAACGUGCAACGAAUAUCCGGUAUUGUGGAAGUAUGGCCGUUUGCUGUACUUUGCUGGACAAAUCAUGAUCGGGGGCUACUAUGCACCGCUGUUUAUCAUUUGGAUCUAUCCAUUGUUCGUGUACUUUACCGAGGGUCGCGUAUUGUUGCUCUUUUCCUGUGAAAUACCGUACGUGGAUUGGACGAUGACGAGCGGUUACUGGAUUACGAUAGCGUUGCAGCUUGCGUUCUACGUCACCGGGGUUUGUGGGUUGAUUUUGGUCGACUACCUGUGUGCUUACUUCACCAUCAAUGGGUCACUUUACGUGGACAUUUUGCGCUUUCAUUUGGAUGAGAUGAGCGAGCUGUUGGCUGACCCGGUAUAUCAGAUGCGCAGUUCCCCAGAUUUGGUAGAAAAGGGUAAUCGAAAGUGGCGACAAUGUCUGAUGGAACAUCAGCACAUCGUUGAAUUUUUUGAAAAGUUUUCUGACUUAUGGAGUAUGAUCAACCUAGCGCAAGUAGGUUGCAGUGUGUUUGGUAUUUGCAUCAAUAUGCUGAUAAUUUUUCUGACCGGAUGGUACGCAGCGUAUGCCAUUCUUUUUGCGUUGUUCAUUGAUCUCUCGGUACAUUUUGUGUUGGGUGCUAUCAUUGAACGAAAGGUCGACGAUCUGCACAUAAGUUUGAUGCUAUUUCCUUGGUAUUUACUUGAUGUUCGACGGCAGAAAGAGUACCAACUGCUUCUGUUACGAGCCCAACAACCAUGCGGUAUGUCAAUUGCGGGACUUACACCAGUGAAUUAUGAAACCUAUACACAGGUAAGAAUUCUGUGUUUUUAUUUUGUUGUUAAAUAUGUAUAUUCCCAUUUUACAUUCGUAUAUUGCAGAUCAUGAAAAUGCUGUAUCAACUGUUUGCAAUUGCAAUGAAUUUUUUGAAGUAGUGCACCGGUGGAUAUAUUUGGGCACAGUAUGAAAAACAGUCAAAGAAGAUGAUUAGCAUAGUGAUUGAAGGACCCGUGAUGUUGUCCUCGUCAGAAUAGUUAACAGUUUCGCAUGAGUUUAAUUGCACUACUGCUGCCCAUGAGUUUAAUUGCAAUGCUGCACCAUGCUUCGAUUCUCGACAGGGCUGUUAAAAAAUAAAGAAGGAAAUAAACUAUUUAUCCCAUACAUCUCAACGGCAACCAUAGAGCGUGUUAGAAAAGCCAUUUUGUAAUAUCUUGAUGCAAUUGGUAAAAAGUGAUGUGAAUUGGUAGGUUAAGGAAUGGUAGAAAUUGAUUGGUAGGAAUUGAUGUUAAUUGAUGUAGGAAUAUUGUAAUUUCUGUACCACAUAUUUUUAAUCCAUAUGUAAUGGUUAAAAUAUGCCGCCACACUUGUUUUAAGAAUGGCAACUGUCGGAACCUUCCGUUUUUUUGAAGCCGCUGCUAUGUGGAAAACUUGUCUAGUAAACCAAAAAUCUGAAAGAUUUUCCUCAAGCAGAAAGAAAGUUUCUAUUUACUACACCACGUGUUACAUUUUCCCAUACAAUUGGGAAAUGCACGUGUGGCUUAAUUGCACUUCUAAUUGCUCAGAUGUGUGUACCAGAUGUUCGUUAAGGCGCUUUGCAAUGUGGCGGUGUUUGCGGAUAUUCCACACGCUUUGUAAUAAGUAAUGAAGGAAAUAAACUGUUGAUUCCGUCUAGCUCAACACCGAAGAAAGGAUGAAAGAAUUAAGUACCAGUGGUAAAUUGACACUUGAUUUGAUAAGUUGAGUGCAGAUCAUCUGAACUAGACUUAUAUUCUUAUAAUUCUACAACUUUUUUUUAUUGGGCUAAAAGACUUAAUUUACAAAUGGCAUCCGUUGAAAACUUUCGUCAGCUUUUGAAGCCGCUGAUAUUUUACUCGAAAGUGUUGGGAGUCGAAAUGUGGACAGCUCCUGGAAAAUUUCUGCCCGCGUCGUACUAUCUCUCAACUCUAAUGUCGAUUUAUCUUAUCAGCACCAUAACGACCGUGAUAAAGUAUAGGAACGAUCCACUGCAUCUGAUGAAAGUUCUCGCUACAUUUGGUACCGCUGUACAGGUAUGAUGGAAAUGGCGUUUGAAGUUACUACAAUAAGUCAGCAAUUUUGUACCGUUUGCAGCUGUAUAUAAAAUUUUUCGUCGGUCAUUUCAAGGCAAAUGAGGUGAAACAACUCACCGAAACUGUGGAGCACGAUAUUCUGGAAAAAUAUCAGAAAGGAACAAAGGAAGAAGUUGCAAUUCUCGAUCGAACUGGUCGCUAUCUGUGGAUUAUAUUUCGUAUUACCUCCGUUGUAUGUUUUAUUACUGCAGCAACGUUUGCAUUGUAUCCAAUAUUUGCCUAUUACACCACAGGAAAUGUAUUGCCGUUGAUGCUCUAUGAGCUACCAUACUAUGAUUUUAGUACUACCGCUGGAUAUGCUGUAAAUAUGUUAUUUCAACUAAAUCUUCUAGUAAGCGGUGUUUUAGGGAUGAUGCUGGCCGAUCUUGGAUAUCUGAUAUUUGCGAUGUAUGCAAUGGUCGUAGCAGAUAUUUUAAUUGUUCACCUUGGUGAGCUUGAAGCCAUGCUGAAUGAUCCAAUGAAAGAUGAUACAAAGAGAUCGGAAGUACGAGAAAAGUGGGUACAGUGCAUGUACGAUCAUCAGCAGUCAACUAGGUGAGGGUCAUAAUGAUUGACUAUUUAGUAUAUGAAGUUGUUCACGAUUAUGUUUUGUUGACCAAAGCUUCUUGAACAUCAUUGAAGACAUCUGCGGACUCCAAUGUCUAGCACAGGUGGUGAUGGGCGUAUUUACAAUAUGUGACUGCAUGCUGCUGGUAGCGUUGGUAAGUUUUAGUUUUAUCAAGUGAGGAAUAUUUUCGAUUAAUUUAAAAAAAAAAAUUGUUUAAAAAAACCCAACUCCAUUAACAAUUUCUUCUAUACCUGCUCUAGUUUAACAAAAUGCAUGAGUAUUUCCUUUCUUUCCUGGAGCAGUUUUUUUGUAAACAUUAAUAACGAACCGUCAUUCUCCUUACAGACAGACUGGUAUCCAGCGUACUGCUUUUUGUUGGUUAUGUUUACGGAGCUCACAGUUUACUUUAUCAUAGGCCAUAUAAUUGAACUGAAGGUAUUUAUCAUAAAUGUUGCGCCAAUUUCAGUUUUCUCCAUAGAGUAUAUUAUUUUAUUUUUCUCAAAGAUUGACGAAGUGUAUCAUACAAUAAUUUCAAUGCCAUGGUACAAGCUGCCGGUGAAGGAACAGAAAGAGUUUUGCUUUCUUGUAUCGAGACAGCAGCGUCCCAUGAUGCUGACAGCUUUUGGGUUUCAUCCAAUGAACUUUGAGGCGUACAUGAGCGUGAGUAUUUUUAUUGCACAAAUUAGCGAAUCAUUUUGCGUAAAAAAUAGUGUUGUACAAAUCCUUUGAUGUCCUUUUAUAGGUAUUGAAAGGUUUGUACCAGUUUUUCGUAAUGAUUAUGCAGUACGUGGGAUAAAGCAGUAUUUAGAAAGGAAUUGAUAAUUUUCAAGCAAUAGUAAUGAUAACUUGGAGUAUCAAACAGCGCUUUAUCGAGUUGAAAAUAAUAUUAUUAUGCCUUCAGUAAUUUGUAUCAAGACAGGAAUAAGACGAUGGUAAAACAACGAAUUACGAAAGAGAAGAUGUGUCAGGAAUGAUAAUAGUAUGCAAAUGGUAGUUGCAUUUGUAUUCUAAGCAAUUUUUUAAAAUUAUCAAUUUUAAUUACAAGUAUCAUAUUCAAAGAUAAGAUAAUAAGUAUCAUAUUCAACAUUGUAAAACAGAAUUA